GAGAUAAGCAGGUCAUGUGCUGGGAGAAGGCCAUCAGAAUACAGGAAAUCAAAGGGAGAUAAACAAUGUGGCUGUGAACCUGUACCUGUGGUGAGCUGUUCUGUGAGCGAAACAGAUUCUACCAUUUACCUGCGCACUAUUCCCAGUCCUGAUGUGGCACGAAACAUCGACUGUUUAUCAUUUCCUUAGAUUCUGCCUGGCAUCCAGCACUUUGUGUGUUACUCUGGAUUUCCAGAAUCUGCAGAAUCUCUGGUUUUGUUUCACAGAACAUUACAGCACAGAAACAGGCCUUUUGGCCCUUCUUGGCUGUACCGAACCAUUUUUCUGCCUAGUCCCACUGACAUGCACCUGGACCAUAUCCCUCCAUACCCCUCUCAUCCAUAUACCUGUCCAAUUUUUUCUUAAAUGUUAAAAGCGAGCCUGGGUUCACCACUUCAGCUGGCAGCUCAUUCCACAGUCCCACCGCUCUCUGUGUGAUGAAGCCCCCCCUAAUGUUCCCUUUAUACAAGGGGAUUGGAACUUCGAUUCUAACUAAUCUGAAAAGGAGGAUGUUCUUGAAAUGUUGAUAAAUUAACAUGUUUAACUGUAAGAAACAAAGUUUGCGUGUCUGUGGACCCUGCUCCGUCCCUAUCACUAGUAUGCUUUCACUUUCCCCGACACGCCCUGGCAAGUGGAGAAGCGGCCGCUCCCGGGUUUGAUCGGGGGAUCUUUGUUUUCCACCCAUCUCACAAACAUGGAACAAAUAUAUCUCGCUGUGUGUUUACUUCCUGUGGUUCUCAAUUCUGCACAUGGUAAAUUCCAAGUUAUUGGCCCAGAGCGUCCUGUCAUAGCCAUCGUGGGUGAAGAUGUGAGGAUGGACUGUAAAGUUGUGCCAACGGAAUCGAGUAGCAACAUGGCACUCCAGUGGCUUAAAACAGACCUCCACUCUGCGGUUCACGAGUUCCGAAAUGAAAGAGAUGCAAUUGCUAAUCAAGAUCCUGCUUACAGAGGAAGGACUGAGCUGUUCAAAGACCAAAUAGAUAAAGGAAAUGUGUCCCUUCGAAUAAAGAACAUCCGAGUAGCCGACGAAGGGACCUACAUCUGCUCAGUUGAUAAUGGAAUUGAUUUUGAAGAAACUUCUAUUGUCUUGCAAGUUGCAGCUUUGGGAUACGAGCACUGGAUCAACAUUGGAGGAUAUAGAAAAAAUGAAAUUCAACUUGUCUGUGAAUCUAAUGGAUGGUAUCCUAAACCACUAAUACAAUGGAUUAGUGGUGAUAAAAAGAAUUUGACUUCAAAGUCUGAAAUAAAUUACAACCAGGAUUCCAAAGGCCUGAUAAAUGCCAAGAGCAAGAUUUUUGUCUCAAAAGAUUCAACCAACAGGUCCAGGUGUAUCUUAGAGAAUCAAGUACUGAAGAAAGGACAAGAAGCAACUAUCGAGAUAGCAGAUGUUUUCUUCCCAGUUGUCUCGGGCUGGCUGGUGUUUUUGUGUCUGCUCCUCUGUCUUCUGUUGAUAGCUCUUGGUCUUGGCAUUUUCUGGACCUUAAGAAGACGUAAAUACAUGAAAGGUCUAGAAGAUGACGAAUCCGUCAAACAGUAUGGCCACUGGAAACCUCUUGUUGAGUCAGAUUGGGAGAUCAUGUGUAAAAAUCCAGCCUCUAUAAAACUGGACACAGAAACAGCACAUCGACAACUGGAGAUAUCAAAGGAUCAGAAGAGUGUGAGACUGACGAACUCCCAGACAGAUGUUCCUGAAAAUGAGGAGAGGUUUACAGCCUGGGAAUGUGUGUUGGGAUCAGAUGAAUUCACGUCAGGGAAACAUUAUUGGGAGGUAGAAGUUGCGGGAAAUCACAAGUGGUCUCUGGGAAUUGCUGGAGAGAGUGCAAAUAGAAAGGGUGACCUUACAUUAAAACCAAAGAAUAAAUUCUGGUCCAUUGGGCAAAAUGAGAAAGAAAUCCAUGCAAAUGAUAAUGAUAAAUCGAAUAUCUCUUAUCAGGAGAUUCCCAGGAAGAUAGGAGUUUAUCUUGAUUAUGAUACAGGGGUAGUUUCAUUUUACGAUGCAAACACCAAGUCUUUCCUCUACACAUUCAAUGAGAAAUUCUCUGAGAAGCUUUACCCUUUCUUUCACACAACACAUCAGAAGAGAUGGCUGAAAAUCUGUUCCAAGCAGGAAACAAAACCCAGUAAUCAUUCUAAAAAUAAUGUCAUUUAACACAGCAGGUCUGUGCAAUAUGGAUCAAGUAUGUGUGGCUGAGAAGCUGGGGCAGGGGCAGGGCUCGGGUUCUUGGAUCAUUGGGAUCUCUUCUGGGGGAGGUAUGAUCUGUACAAAAGGGGUGGGUUGCACAUGAACCUGAGGGUGCGGCCAAUAUUUUCGUGGGUGGGUUUGUUAGAGCUGUUGGGGAGGGUUUAAACUGAUUUAGCAAGGGGGUGGGAACCAGAAUGAAGGGACUCAGGUUAGGACAGAUGGUAAGAAAGCAAAGAUAACAUGCAGUCAGACUGUCAGGAAGGGCAGGCAGAUGAUAGGACAAAACUGCAGUCAGCAGGGUGAAUAUCAGUGCAUUAGGGGAGCAGAAACAAAAAGGGUAGCAAAUACGGUACUCAAAGUGUCAGAUCUUAAUGAAGCGAGAGUAAGAAAUAGGGUGAAUGAUCUUGUUGCACUAUUACAAGUUGUCAGGUAUGAAGUUGUGGCCAUGACUGAAUGGCGGCUGCAGUUGGAAGCUGAAUGCCCAAGGUUACACGCUGUAUCAGAGGGAUAGGAAGGUAGGCAGAGGGGAUGGAGUGGCUCUUCUGGUAAAGAAUGGCAUCAAAUCAGAAGAAAGAUGUGACAAAGGAUUGGAAGAUGUUGAAUCCUUGUGGGAUGAGUUGAGAAACUGCAAGGGUUAAAGGACCCUGACAACAAUUUUAUGCAGGCCUUCCAACAGUAGCUGGGAUGUUGAAUACAGAUUUCAACGGGAAAUUAAAAAAAGGCAUGUCAAAAUGACAAUAUUAUGAUAGUCAUGAGAGAUUUAAACCUGCAGGUGUAUUAGGAAAAUUAGGUUGGUAAUGGAUCUCAAGAGAGUGAGGUUGUUGAAUGCUUACAAGAUGGCUUUUUAGAGCAGUUUGUCAUUGAGCCUAUGAAGGGAUCAGACAUACUGGAUUGGGUGCUAUGUAAUGAACCAGAGGCAGUUAGGGAGCUUAAGGUAAAAGAACCGUUAGGAGCCAGUGAUCAAAAUAUGAUUAAGUUCAACUUGAAAUUUGAUAGGGAGAAAGUAAAGUCUGAUGUAGCAGUAUUUCUGUGGAGUAAGGGAAAUUCCAGUGGUAUGAGUGAGGUGUUGGCCAAAGUAAAUUAGAAGGAGCUGCUGGCAGGGAUGACGGCAUAGCAUAGCUUGAGUUUAUGGGAAAAAUGAGGAAGGUGCAGGACAGAUGUAUUCCAAAAACAAAGAGAUACACAAAUUGCAAAAUUGUACAACCGUGGCUGACAUGGGAAGUCAAAGCUAAUGUAAAAUCAAAAGAAGGGGCAUACCACAAAGCAAAAAUUAGCCGGAAGAUAGAUUGGGAAUUUUUUAAAAACCUACAGAGUAACUAAAAGAAUCAUUAGAAGUGGAAAGAUGAAAUGUGAAAGCAGGCCAGCAAACAAUAUCAAAGUUGAUAGUAAAAGCUUUGUCAAGUAUGUAAAAAAAUAAAAGAGAAAUGAGAGAGGGUAUAGGACUGCUGGAAAAUGAGGCCAUAGAAAUAAUUACGGGGGACAAGGAAAUGUCAGAUGAACUAAUUGAGGAUUUUGCAUCAAUCAUCACUGUGGAAGACACUAGCAGUGUGCCAGGUGUUGUAGUGUGUGAAGGAAGAGAAGUCAGUGCAGUUACUAUUACAAGGAAGAAUAUGGUCAAAUUCUGGAAUACCUGAGGGUACAUGAGUCACCUGGAGCAGAUGAACUGCACCCUAGGGUUCUGAAAGAGGUAGUGUUAGAGAUUGUGGAGGCAUUAGCAAUGACCUUUCAUAAAUCAUUGGACUCUUGCGUGGUGCCAGACAGCUGGAAAAUUACAAAUGUCACUCCACUCUUUAAGAAAGGAGGAAGGCAGCAGUAAACCUGACCUCAGCGGUUGGGAAGAUGUUGGACUCAAUGUUAAGGAUGAGUUUAUGGACUACUUUGUGACACAGGACAAGAUAGGACAAAAAUCUUGCCUGACGAACCUGUUGGAAUUCGUGGAGGAGAUUGCAAGUAGGAUGGAUAAAGGAAUGCAGUGGAUGUUGUAUUUUUGGACUUUCAGAAAGUCUUUGGCAUGUUGCCACACCUGAGGCUGCUUACCAAGUUAAGAGCCCAUGGUAUUACUGAAAAGUUACUAACAUGGUUAGAGCAUUGGCUGAUUGGUGGGAGGCAGCGAGUGGGAAUAAAAGGAUCCUGUUCUGGUUGGCUGCCAGAGGCUAGCAGAAUUCCACAGGGGUCGGUGUUAGGACCACUUCUUUUUAUGCUGUAUAUCAAUGAUAUAGAUGAUUGAAUGGAUAGCUUGCUGCCAAGUUUACAGAUAAUACGAAGAUUACAGGUGAAGCAGGUUGUGUUGAGGAAACCGAUAGGCUGCAGGAGGACUUAGUCUGAUUAGGAGAAUGGGGAAGAAAGUGGCAAAUGAAAUACAAUGUUGGAAAAUGCAUGGUCAUGCACUUUAGUAGUAGAAAUAAAUGUGCAGACUAUUUUCUAAUUGGGGGGAAAAUCCAAAAAUCUGAGAGGCAGAGGGACUUGGGAGUCCUUGAGCUGAUCACCUAAAGGUUAACUUGCAGGUUGUGUCAGUAGUGAGGAAGACAUUGCAAUUUUAGCAUUUAUUUCAAGAGGUCUGGAAUACAAGAGCAGGGAUAUGUUGCUGAGACUUUAUAAGGCACUGGUAAGGCCUCACCUUGAGUAUUGUGAACAGCCUUGGGCUCCUCAUCAACGAAAAUAUGUGCUGGAAUUGGAGAGGGUCCAGAGGAUGUUCACAAGGAUGAUAUCAGGAAUGAAAGGGUUAUCAUAGAAGGAAUAUUUGAUGGAUCUCAGUCUGUACUUGCUGGAAUUUUGAAGGAUGAAAGGGGAUCUCAUUGAAACAUUUCGAAUGUUGAAAGGCCUAGACAGUAGAUAUGAAAAGGAUGUUUUCCAUCAUUCAGGAGUGUAGGACAAGAGGGCACAGCCUCAUGAUAGAAGGACGUACAUUUAAGAUACAGAUGCGGAGAAAUUUGUGAAUUUGUGGAAUUUGUUAUCACAUGCAUCUGUGGAGGCCAGGUCCUGGGUGUAUUUAAGGCAGAGAUUAAUAGGUUCCUGACUGGACAUGGCAUCAAAGAUUACAGGGAGAAGGCUGGGGAAUAGGGCUGAGGAGGGGGAAACAAGGAUCACCCUUGUUUGAAUGGUGGAGUAGACUCAAUGGGCCAAAUGGCCUACUUCUGUUCCUAUGUCUUAUAGCUUUAUGGUCUUAUAAAUAUGUAAAUAUGGGAGUUCGUUGAGCAAUACACACAAAAUGCUGGCACCAUCUGUGGAUGGGAGUAGAUGGGUGACAUUUUGGACUAAAUCAUCAUCAGGAAUAGAAAGGAGGGAGGAAGACAGAAUAAAAGAUGGGGUGGGGGAGGAGUACAAACUGGCAGGGGAUCGGUGAGACCAGGUGAGCUCAUAUUCCAUCUGGGUAGCCUCCACCCUGACGACAUGAACAUCAAUUACUCUAAGUUACAAUAUUUUCCCCCUCCAACUUUUCUUUUGCUCCAUUUCUCAUUCUGUCUCCCCUUUUACCCUUUCCCUUCUCUUCACAUCAUAAAAUUAAGGUAAUCAAUAGAAAACAGUGAGGUGAUAUUAAUGAUAGAUUUUAAAUAUUAAAGAUCAACUUCAUUUGGUGCAUGUACAUUGAAACAUAUUCACUGUACUCAGUGAUGCGUUGUUUGAAUCAAGGACCAUCACAGUGUGCUGGGGACAGGGGCACCAUGCCUCUGGCGGCAGCAACACAUGCUACUAACCCCAUCCCAUACAUCUCUGGAAUGAGGUAGGGAACUGUAUCAAGACUGAUGAAGGGUCUCAGCCCAAAACGUCGACUGUUUACUCUUUUCCAUAGAUGUUGUCUGUCCUGCUGAAUUCCUCCAGCAUUUUGUGUGUGUUGCUUCAUCGAAAAUAUCACUUAUUUUAUUAUUCUGUUUCACAAAGUUUACUGCCUCCUGUGUAAGCAACAGUAAGACCUAUUUUAUAAAUCAAAAUAAACUUUAUUAAUAAUAAAAUAUUUACAAAAAUAAACCAU